AUGACGACCGAACACCCUCGACCUAUUUCCCAUAAACUCCCUGCAGGGCUUGCGGGAGUUUUGAAUCCUGAGGAGAACCGUGAUUCUGCCUAUUUUUCCAGCACCGAUGCCUCGAGCAAACACACUUCAGCCGCCUCGGGAAUUGGUAUCAAUGUCGUAGGACCGCCUUCAUCGAACCCAGCGUACAACGGUCCAAGUGAGAAGACCCCUUCUCCGAACGGAGCAGGCAUGUUUCCUCAACCCCUGAUCUCGCCAUCCACCAACAUGAGCAUCAACUCCAUGGUCUCGCCCACAACCACAACGCCAGGGAGUGGCCGCUUUGAUCGCCCCCUGUCGUUGGAGUCCAAUGGAACGAAUGGCCACUUUGACUCCAGACGUGAGAGUGUGGAUAGCAGAUUCGCUCAGGGUUUUGGGGAAAUGAAGCUGGGUGGCAACUCCCCCUAUGCCAGCCAUAACCAGUCAACUGCCUCUAUCCAAGGAACCCUGGCCCAACAACGAAAUCCGCGGACGAGUGGCUUGAACGAGACCCAUUCGGUUCACCGCGUUUCUAAUGGCUAUCAGCCACAUGCAGAUCGAAACCCUCAGCCUGAUCCGCACCACAGAAUGGUGCGCACAGCACCAGUGAUCACCGGGCCGACGACAAGCACACUUGCUCGAGCUGCCGAGCCUACAAAGGGACAGGCCUGGGCUUUCCCGGAGGAUGAGAUACAAAGAAUGCCCUCUGCGGCGCCAACCCAAUACUAUCACGACUCGAGACGCAGUAGCAUCACCGAGUCUAUUGCCAGCAGUCAAUACACCCAAGAGUCGAGGUUGCCCCCGGGCCAGCGGCGAUUAGACGACGGAAUUCCCGACUACCAGCGCAUAUCAACCGCCUCUGCUGAUUUCCCAGCUGUCCACCACCACACGCUGCAGCACAAACAACUCACAGACCUCCAUAGCGAGGAGUCCAGUCCCCAUUCCGGUAACCAGCCAUAUAGCAGAACCCCUGAGCUUCGGGUCAGCCACAAGCUCGCAGAACGAAAGCGUCGCACGGAAAUGAAGGAGCUUUUUGAGCAGCUGCGGGAUCUGAUGCCCCAGGAGCGCGGGUCAAAGGCUUCGAAAUGGGAGAUUCUCACCAAAGCAAUUGCGGAGCAUCAAAAGCAACAGGACUACAUUAAACAGCUCUCUGGUCAUUGCCAGAACACUCAGCAGGAAGCCGACAUUCUCCGUCGCGAGCUUGAGAUGGUGCGCAUGGAAAACAAUCAGCUGCGCAAUGGUCCAAACGUCCCCCCUGCCCAUCAGCAGGCCCAUCAACCUGGUUACGCCGGUUCGGCGCAGCCCACCGCCGACCCGUACGGCAAAGGUUCGUCGCGGCCAGAACUACCGCCUUUGCGAUCGCUGAGUGGCAAUGUGCCAAAUGGUCCGGACUCCAUGACUGGAGUUCAAUACGAAGGGCAGCAAGCCAAUGGAUAUGGUCAGCGCCAAUAUUAA